AUGGACAAGCUGGACCGAGGGGCGAGGGAGAGGUGGCAAUCUCUAGUAAUUAUCAGCACUUUGGAUGGACGAAUUGCUGCACUGGAUCCAGAAAACAGUGGGAGAAAACAGUGGGAUCUGGAUGUGGGAUCAGGUGCUCUUGUGUCAUCCAGCCUCAGUAAACCAGAGGUAUUUGGAAAUAAGAUGAUAAUCCCUUCCUUGGAUGGGGACCUUUUCCAGUGGGAUCGGGAUCGAGAGAGCAUGGAAGCAGUUCCUUUCACAGUUGAAUCUCUUCUGGAGUCAUCUUACAAAUUUGGCGAGGAUGUUGUCCUAGUUGGAGGAAAGUCAUUAACGACUUAUGGGUUGAGCUCAUACUCAGGGAAGGUGAAGUACAUCUGCUCAGCUAUGGGCUGUCGCCGGUGGGAUGACGAUGAAACAGAACAGGAAGAGACACUCCUAUUACACCGAACCCAGAAAACAGUCCGUGCUGUUGGACCACGCAGUGGCAAUGAAAAGUGGAAUUUCAGCGUUGGUCACUUUGAGCUGCGCUAUGUUCCAGAUAUUGAAACUAGAGCGGGAUAUAUUGAGAGCAAUUUUAAAUCAAAUAUGAACAAAGAAGAAACAAAAAUUAUUUCAGAUGUGGAUGAGCAGGAAGCUAUGAUGAAAGAUACAGUGAUAAAGGUCUCAGUAGCUGACUGGAAGGUGAUGGCUUUUAACAAACGAGGAGGACAUCUGGAAUGGGAAUACCAGUUUUGCACUCCAAUUGCUUCUGCGUGGCUGGUUAAGGAUGGCAAAGUAAUUCCAAUCAGUCUGUUUGAUGACACAAGUUACACUGCAAACAAUGAAGUAUUGGAAGAUGAAGAAGAUCUUGUGGAAGCUGCCAGAGGAGCCACAGAAUCCAGCGUCUACCUGGGUAUGUACAGGGGCCAGUUGUAUCUUCAGUCAUCAGUCAGAAUUUCUGAGAAAUUUCCAACCAACCCAAAGGCUCUGGAAUCCAGGAAUGAUAAUGCAAUUAUUCCUCUUCCCAAAAUCAAAUGGAAACCUUUAAUCCAUUCUCCUUCCAGGACUCCAGUGUUGGUGGGGUCUGAUGAGUUUGAUAAGUGUCUCAGCAAUGACAAGUAUUCUCAUGAAGAGUACAGUAAUGGAGCACUUUCAGUUCUGCAGUAUCCAUAUGAUAAUGGUUAUUACUUACCCUACUACAAGAGAGAGAGAAAUAAACGUAGCACUCAGAUCACUGUUAGAUUUUUUGAUGAGACGAAUUACAAGAACAUUCGCAAAAAAGAUCCUGUUCUUCUGCUUCACUGGUGGAAGGAAAUUGUUGGCACUAUUAUAUUUUGCAUUGUGGCCACAACUUUUAUCGUACGCAAACUUUUCCAUCCCCAUCCUUACAGCAGACUGCGGAAGGAAUCGGAAACACAGUGUCAGACUGAUAGUAAAUAUGAGCCCACUUGUGGAGAUGUUAAAGACAGCAGCUGGACUGAUGUCAAGAACUCUGGAUACGUGUCAAGAUACCUGACAGAUUUUGAACCAAUUCAGUGUCUGGGUCGUGGAGGUUUUGGAGUAGUUUUUGAAGCCAGAAAUAAAGUGGACGACUGCAACUAUGCUAUCAAAAGGAUCCGUUUACCUAACAGGGAGCUGGCUCGUGAAAAGGUGAUGCGGGAAGUCAAGGCAUUAGCUAAACUUGAGCAUCCGGGUAUUGUUCGGUAUUUCAACGCGUGGCUGGAAGCUCCACCUGAGAGAUGGCAGGAAAAGAUGGAUGAACAGUGGUUAAAAGAUGAAAGCACUGAUUGGCCACUCAGUUCUCCCAGUCCAAUGGACGUCCCAUCAUUUAAGAUCAGAACAGAGCCAUUCUCUACAAAGGAGCACAUUGAAGUCACUUCAUCAGAGAGGAUAAGGUCUGUGGGAAUACCCUGUGGUCAGUCCGAUUCAUCUGGAAGCCAGUUUUCUCCUCUGGAAUUUUCUGCCACAGACAACAGAGACUUACACCAGUCAGAAGAUCCACUAUUAAACCUUCAGGACAGUGUCCUUACUGGCUGUGAUGUAGAAGACAGUACUAUCAACAAUAACAAGCUGGGUCACUCCUUGGAAAUUUGUUCUUCACCUGUUGCUGUUGUACAUCUGAGGGAAGGGACCUCCUCUUCUAUUGUGUUUGAGGAUUCUGGUUGUGGAAAUGCUUCUAGUAAGGAAGAUAAAGUUGAUGUUUCGCGUGAUGAGAGCCUUCCUGAGGAUAAGGCGAAAAGUACAAAGGAAUCUGAUAACAAGAAACCUGCUUCAGGAAGUCCCCUCUCUGUUUCUCCUCCAAGGCCAACAAGUUUAAGCCUGGACCUUUCUAAAAAUAUUGCAGAAAAAGUCAAGCCCACCUCCCCAAAGGUGUAUCUUUACAUCCAAAUGCAACUCUGCCGGAAAGAGAAUCUUAAAGACUGGAUGAGCAGAAGAUGCAUGAUAGAGGAGAGGGAAAGGACAGAGUGUCUGCAGAUAUUUCUGCAGAUAGCUGAAGCGGUUGACUUUCUGCAUAGCAAAGGAUUAAUGCACAGGGAUCUCAAGCCUUCCAAUAUAUUUUUCACAAUGGAUGACAUAGUAAAGGUUGGGGAUUUUGGACUGGUAACUGCUAUGGACCAAGAUGAGGAGGAAGAAUCAGUACUUACCCCAAUGCCAGCUUAUGCCAGGCACACAGGACAAGUAGGGACCAAACUCUACAUGAGCCCAGAACAGAUCUGUGGAAACACCUAUUCGCACAAAGUGGAUAUCUUUUCUUUGGGACUGAUUCUCUUUGAGCUGCUUUACCCUUUCAGCACACAGAUGGAGAGGGUCAGGACCUUAAGUGAUGUUAGAAAUUUGAAGUUUCCACCAUUGUUCACUCAGAAAUAUGCACAAGAGUACACCAUGGUGAAGGACAUGCUCUCUCCGAGUCCCACUGAAAGACCAGAGGCUGCAGCAAUCAUAGAAAAUCCUGUAUUUGAAGACUUGGAACUCCCACCAAAACCAGUGCUUAGGCAGAGGUCACGGACAAUGAGUUUAUCAGGAAAUAAACAUUCAAGACAACCAAGCAAAUAA